AUGCUUCAAGUGCGAAGGGAGCUCGGGAAAAAAGUCGAACCGGGAACAAUUGAUCUGGUCACUGUCGAGCUUAACAUCCGCAGCCUAUGCACUCUGACGGCCACCCUGAUCGCUCAGACACUGCGAUUUGGAGAGGAUGAAGAAGAUGCGCAUCUCUGGAGGAGAAAAUCAAAAGAGUAUGUGAAGGCUGUCGUGGGUGCGGCCCACGGAGGCAGAAAUGAAGCGUUGAUUUGUGUCAUUAUUGAGAUGGCCGUGGCGGAGGCACUCUGCUUCCAAACAGCCUUGAAGCCAGGUGAUAUUAAGCUGGGGACCCACUUGGAGGAAUAUAUUUCUGGAGAUAAUAUAGCGGAUAUUAUCGCUUGA